GAACGUCGUGGAGUCUUCCUGCACCAGGGCUAUAGACCUGAAAAAUUGAGAAUGAGAAUGAGAACAAGCCCUUAGUUGUAUAAUUGUAAACAGUCGGUGCAAUCAAGCAGGUUGUCUGAAACGUGUUUUAGAUUGCUUCUGCUUCGCAUUUAUGACAACAGCGGGAUGAGGAUGACUCAUUCAACAACAAUUCUUGUGCUAUAAUCAACAGAAGAUCUAGAUCUUCAUGGCGCACAAAAUUAUUCUAAGGGUGACUCAUCUCUUCGCAGGCCUUGGCUACACCACGCAUGUCGUGAACCAGUUGAAUAUUGAGUAGCUGUACCAGGUGCUUCUGCUCAUCCGAAAAAUAGGAAAUUCGUUUUUCUCUGGCGUAGACGACAUAAUUGGGUAUAAAGCGUGUAGUAAUUUUCUCCGUGAGUGUCCUCCACCUGGGUAAAUAACUCCUGACUUCUCUCACUCACUCGAGUAUCUACUUCAAUAAGAUGGAGGUCGAUCAAACAGCGGCGGAUGCCGUGCUUGAGCUCGAAGGCCAGGGAGAUGGUUCAAAAGCGAUAGCGGCCUACCGGAAAUUGAUAUUUGAAUGUAGUCUACCGGAGACGGAGCAAGAAGUAAAAGAGCUGGAAACAGCGAUAUAUAGGCUCGCAAACUUCUACGCAAAAAAGGAAAAGGUACUUCACCUUCGGUUCUUUUAUGUAGAGGUGUAUACCAAAAAAUUGGUGUUAGGACCAAGCAAGGCUUGCUUUCAAUUUCAUCAUCUUUAUGUUUUGCUUUCUGCAGCGAGACAUUCGCAUCGAUCUACCUCCUCAACAUCAUUUCAAUGCAGGUGGAGCCUUUGGUAAAACUGGUGAAAGAGAUCCGGCCGCUAUUCAUCCACUUUCCAAAAGUAAAGACGGCAAAAAUUGUUCGAACUCUCAUAGAUCUCGUGUCGCGACUACAGGGGAAUAAGCCAACACAGGUACCUCUAAGGUGGUUUCUUGUGUAUCAUGUUGAUGAAAUUAUCUUCAUCUACGUUCAAAAUCAAACAUGAACUUUUACGCUGCAUAGAAAUGAAUUCAGUUGUUUCUGUGAUGUUGACGAUGCUUCAGUACUCCUAGUCUGCUCACACUAGUGCGUUCUGAACCAACAGUUAAUUUCCGACCUUUGCUUGGACUGCAUCGAAUGGGCGAAGAGCGAGCAGAGGACAUUUUUGAAACAUCGUGUGGAGACACGAUUGUCCAGCAUCUACGUGGACAUGACGAAAUAUGAGGAGGCCUUGGCAUUAUUGAAGGAAUUGCUAAAAGAAGUGAAGCAGCUAGACGACAAAUUGUUGUUAGUUGAAAUUCACUUGAUAGAAACGCGGGCCAACUUCAAUUGCGACAACCUGCCAAAAGCGCGCGCAAGCUUGACAGCCGCGAAAACAAACGCUAACGCGAUACAUUGCCCGCCUUUGUCACAAGCGGAGAUCGAUCUCUGGAGUGGUACGCUUUUUCUGAUUUUCACAACAGAAGAUUUAGAAGAUUGAUUUGAAAUGAAAAUGCAAUCGUGAUGUUCUUGAUGAGCUGGCUCGAGCUCUGACUGUAUCAACAACUACAACUCAGUCUGCUACAAUAACUGUGUGCACAGGUAUAGUUUCCUUGCGAGAGAAAGAUCCGCGAACGGCUUUCUCUUAUCUCUACGAAGCCUUUGAGGCUUUUCACGUGAACAAAGAUGAAAGCAACUACACGAGCAAAGACUAUAACCAUACGCGCGCGCUGCAAGCUUUGCGAUGUCAGCUCCUCUGCAGAAUAAUGCAGGACGAGCCAAGUGCAUGUAAGCAAAUGGUGCAGCAGAAGAACAUGCUGGGAUACCAGAUGCACGACUCAGUCCAAGCGAUUCUCCAAAUUGCAGCGGCCUACGAAGACAGGAGUCUAAAGAAACUCGAAAAAGUACUACUCUUAAUCUUAUUAUGAUGUCUCUUUAUCGGGUCUUGAGCUGCAGCCAGCAGAAAUCUUAGCCUUCCGGAUCCUGAUUAAAUUGAAGACUUUUGCCUCAACGAUCUCCUCGUUUUCAUACUCAUCCCGAAACAUCAGCAUCACCUACAAUCAAACAAGGUUCUUGCCGCGCAUCCAGUGGAGGAUCCUGUGAUUCGACAUCAUUUGCGGGAGUUGUAUGACACUUUCUUGGAGAAGAAUUUGCUGAAGAUACUAGAACCUUUUUCAUCGGUACAGCUUGCGAGAGUGGCGGAGUUGAUCGAGCUCCCGGUAGACAAGACACAGCAGAAGUUGUCGCAGCUUAUCCUCGAUCAAAAACUGCUUGGAACAUUGGACGAGGGAAAGGGCAAUCUGAUCCUGUUCCCGAAAAGCACUCUGCGACCGACCUGCAAGCGUCUGCUGGAGACGAUCAAACACAGUUCAGACUGCAUCGACUCUCUCGCACUGCUCAGCAAGAAGAUAUUCGACUAACGUACGCGAGCACACUGUGUGGUCUGGCGCAUCAACUUCAACUACAUGUCAUUAUGAUCUCUCACGCCGGCUGGCGAUCUUGCUGUCCCUGUCAGGUUGCCAGCGACCCACGCGUUGUAGAAAAAAAGGUGUAGAAGAUCGAAAUUUGGGAUUGGGGUCUUAGCACUCGUAGUGUGUAUGUCGAUGGCGUUUCCCCUAUCGCGCCGGUCAAGUUAAUCAAUCCUGUUCUAAGUCUACCUUUACUGCUACCGCUGGCUCGGAGUCUAAGUUUUUGAAGCUUUGUGUAAGUAAGAUCCACCACGUAAAGACAGGAAGGUGAUGGUGAUGUCCAUUUGGAAUUCGUCGCAUAGACAAAGUAGACGGCGGGGCCGAAGGUGUCGUCGUCCUCCUCUCCAUCUUUUUCUUAUGACCUUGGUUGGCCCUGGCCCUUACCUGACUCCGUCUUUGGAACUCGCAGAUUAUAUUCAAUUCAGAAAUACCCCAUCCACGACCCCAGGAAUGGCUCCCGCUCAUUUUCAUCCCUUAUAGUUAUAGCAUUUGUCAUAUUUUGUAUGAAGCAUUGACACCCGUCAGCUAACUUGCUCUGCUGCUUGUGUCACGUGUCGAAGAUCUUUAGAAUUCUUCACUCGCGCACUC